AUGUCGACACCGCAGUUUACGCUUAACGAGGUAGUUUUGUGUUACCAUGGCCCUUUAAUCUACGAGGCGAGAGUCCGCAAGACGGAUAACUAUACUGAGAGUAACUCACCAACUGGACGGACUGGUCCACAUUACUUUGUGCAUUAUAAGGGGUGGAAAAAUACCUGGGACGAAUGGGUCCCAGAAUCCCGACUGAUGAAAUUCAACGAAACGAACAUCCUCAUUCAAAAACGUCUCAACGCAGAGAACAAGGAAGCGCAAUCUGCUGCGUCUGCGAGUACGAAGACUGCCAAGUCGGCGACGAAUGCGACUUCGGGGAGGGUGUUGACUGCGGGUGGACGGAAGGAGAGUACGAGGGGUACGAAGCGAGGUCGAGAGGAGGAUGACGGCUCGCGUAGGCCGGAUAUGAGGCUUUUGAUACCGGACAUUCUGAAAGUACAACUCGUCGAUGACUGGGAGAACGUUACAAAGAACAGCCAGCUCGUCUCCUUACCACGCAAACCAAACGUCUCCGAACUCCUUCAAGAAUUCCAACAAUGGGCUCUCUCCACCACUUCCUCUUCCCCCUCUUCCCAAAAUAACCAAAAAGACCAAACUGCUCAAAAAGAUCCAAAAGACCAACAACAACAAAACCAACUCCCCCGCGCAGCCUCCCUCCUCCCCUCCAUCACCUCCGGCCUCAAACUCUACUUCGACCGCGCCCUCGGCUCAAAACUUCUCUACCGCUUCGAACGUCCACAGUAUCAUAAUCAACGAUAUCAGUUCGUUACGGGGUCACAUGUAAAAGUGGGGAGUCAGAAGGAGAUGAGUGAGAUUUAUGGGGCGGAGCAUUUGUUGAGGUUGAUUUCGAACUUACCUGCAAUGGUUGCACAAUCCAAGAUGGACCCAGACUCUGUAAACAUCCUUACCGACUACGUGCAUUGGCUCCUAAAAUAUAUGGUCCAAGAACGGGACCGAAUCUUCCUAAAGGAAUACGAACAGGCCUCUGCUCAAUAUCAAAAUUACAUCUUCCGCUCCUGAUUUCCUGAUUUCCCAAUUUCUUGAUAUGUAGGUAUAUGUGUAUAUGCGCGCAUAUGUUUGAAGCACAUCUUGAAGUCUUGCGCCUUUUUUUUCACUGCCAGAUGUUAUCUUAUUGUCCU